GAGAAAAAGAGAGUUAUCACAAGAUAUCCACAGGGAUACAUAUGUUCACUUCCAACCGAAAAGUCUAACUUUCGACUGUCUGAUAUAUCCUUCACGUACAAAGAAUGUCACUCAUGGAGUCCAUGGAUAUGGGUUGCUAUCAUUGCCUCGCCUUGUGUUAUUGUCAUAGGUAUAGCCGUACUUAUACUUUAUAGAAACAGAUGGAAUAUCAAACAUUAUAUCUUUUUGUUAAGAAAUAGAAGGAAGUAUCAGCUUAUCAAUGGACAUAACUUUGUGUAUGAUGCUUUUGUUGGAUACGAAGCCGAGGAUUAGGCUUGGGUACGUCGCAGACUGCUACCUGUCCUUGAAGAAGAAGAAGGCUUAAAAUUAUGUAUUCACGAAAGGGACUUUCAACCGGGUGCUUUUAUAAAUGACAACAUUGUUACCAAUAUAGACAAAAGUGAAAAAAUCAUUCUUGUUCUAACCAAUGGAUUUGCUCGUAGUGAAUGGUGUAUGUUUGAACUGAAAGUUGCACAUUCGAAACUGAUCAAAGAUGAAACAGAGCUGGUAAUCAUUCUUUUAGAGAAAAUUGAUGGAAGAAAUAUGAAUCACUCCUUAAAAGUUUUGUUUGAUACGACAACGUAUAUAGAAUGGACAGAGGAUGUUGCUGGUCAGCAACUGUUCUGGGCAAAACUCAAAAACGUUUUGAAAAAGUAAACACAGGCGAACGAUAACUUACCUUAUAUAUAUGCUUUUAGAAAUAUUCAGCUUUAUAGAUUUCCUCGAAAAUAUCAAAUGGUAUUCAGCUUCCUAAACAAAUCACGUAUUUUUGAAAUGUUUUCAUUAGUAGUUAAACGUCUCUUUUUCAGUCGGAAUUUGUCAAAUAUCAUUAAGUGACAGAAAUUGUACUGUCAUUGAUCUUAAGAUGUUUACAGACAUUCCGGAAGCUGACUAGUAACUCUUUAAAAACACAUAUUUACAAAGCAAACAUGUAAAGUUAUUAAUUUAUAUUUCAUUGCAAUAUUACUAGAAAUGUCACAUUCCAAAGAGUGUUUGCUGUAUUGCCAUAUUCAAUUUGUCAUCGGCCAAUGUGCGUGAAAUUAGCCAGAGCAGCCAGAGUUCAGCCAGAGUUUAGCCAGAGUAGCCAGAGUUCAGCCAGAGUUUAUCCAGAGUAGCCAGAGAAGUCAGAACUCUGGUUACUCUGGCUAGCCAGAGUAGCCAGAGUUCAGCCAGAGAAGUCAGAACUCGGUUUACUCUGGCUGGCCAGAGUAGCCAGAGUUCAGCCAGAGAAGUCAUAACUCUGGUUACUCUGGCUGGCCAGAUUAGCCAGAGUUCAGUCAGAGUAGCCAUAACUCUGGUUACUCUGGCUGGCCAGAGUAGCCAAAGUUAUGCCAGAGUAGCCAGAACUCUGGUUACCUUGGCUGGCCAGAGUAGCCAGUGUUUCUAGGAUUUUAACAUGUUUUUGCUACUCUGGUAGCCAGAGUAACCAGGUCCCAUGUUCACAAAAGAUUUUCAGUCUUAGCUGAAUUUGAUUAUGAAAUCUAAUAAUUGAGCCGUGCUAUGAGAAAACAAACAUAGUGGCUUUGCGACCAGAAUGGAUCCAGACCAGCCUGCGCAACUGCGCAGUCUGGUCAGGAUCCAUGCUGGUCGCUUUUAAAGCGUAUUGGACUUGGAGAAACUGUAAGCGAACACCACGGAUCCUUACCAGCCUGUGCGGAUGUGCAGGCUGGUCUGGAUCCAUUCUGGUCUCAAACCCACUAUAUUGGUUUUCUCAUGGCGCGACACAUAUGUCAUUUCUAUCUAAAUAGCAUGUUUAAAACUGAAUUUCAUGUUAAUAACUAUUUUCAAGUGGCUAUUUAGAGUAGCCAGAGUAGCCAGAACUCUGGUCACUAUGGCUGGCCAGAGUAGCCAGAACUCUGGUUACUCUGGCUAGCCAGAGUAGCCAGAGUUCAGCCAGAGUAGCCGAGUAACCAGGAUGUCAAUUGCUCUGGCUACUUUGGCUAGCCAGAACAGCCAGAAUUUCCGAGAUGUCCAUUGGUUCUAGCUACCCUAGCUGGCUAGCCAGAAUAGCCAGAAAAAUACUGUAAUACCUAUUGCGAAAUGACCCUUUUGGUACUCUCAGGUUUGAUUUUUUAGUGUUUUAUAUGUAUCAAAUGUAUCAUCGUACCAUCGUGCAUCGCGGUUUAGUAAGUCAGAGUAACCAGAGUUAUGAGUUCUCUGGCUGAACUCUGGCUACUCUGGCCAGCCAGAGUAACCAGAGUUAUGACUUCUCUGGCUGAACUCUGGCUACUCUGGCUAGCCAGUGUAACCAGAGUUCUGACUUCCCUGGCUACCCUGGCUAAACUCUGACUGAACUCUGACUGAACUCUGGCUACUCUGGCUAAACUAUGGCUGAAAUCUGGCUACUCUGCUGCUCUGGCUAAUUUCACGCACAUCAUCGGCCAAUUGUUAAUAUUGUUUUUGUAAACUUUCUAGUUUAGUCAAGAAUGGAAUUGUAUUAUGGUCACAUUCAUGUAUUGCACAUUGAAGGUAACGGCAAAAAAAUGUAUAUAUGACAGAAUGUUUUUAUUUUAUCAAACAAGUAGAAUAUAAUAAUAAAAUCUGGAAAGUAGAUCUAUUGGAAGCACCGAGAACAAACAUUGAAAAUUGCAGACUCGGUUUGAUUGAGUCUGAUCAUGAGCAGUAAUGAAAAAUAAGUAGUAUAUGGUUUAUCAUAUAUAUAUACAGAUGAUUACUUAAUGAUUUUGACUUGGGGCGAAGGACUGUUUGUUAUAUUCUAUAAAAUGAAUGAAUUAAAGGUCUUUUCAUAUAAUAUGAAAGAUGGCAAAAAUGACAAGUGAAGAAGAAUACGCGGACAGGGGUGUAGAACUGAUCUUGCAAUAAGUCUUCACUUUGAACAGGUAACAGAGUGUUUUGAUCGUUGAACGUUGUUUAAUACGGUGUAGACGUUUUCAUUGAUGUGCUACCCUGCUUAACACAUAGAACUUCGUAUUCUUGAAUAAUCUUUGCUCUAUUUAUAUGAAAUAUUGUUUUGCCAAUAAACUGAUAUCUAUUGCUAGUUCAUGUAUGUCAUAAUAAAGACUUCAGUUAUA